AUACAUCCCACUCUCCCCUUUUCUCUUCGUCCAUUUUCUCUCAUUUCCUUUCUCCUUUCAUCUUCUCUGCACUCAACUCAUUCACAAUGUCAGUUUACACAAACCAGGAUCCUCGUCUUCACGGUAUCAAAACCAAAAUCCGUGUCGUCCCCAACUUUCCUAAAUCCGGUAUCAUGUUCCAAGACAUUACCACGUUGUUACUGGAUCCCAAAGCUUUCAAAGACACAAUUGAUUUGUUCGUUGAACGUUACAAAGGCAAAAACAUUUCUGUUGUUGCAGGAAUUGAAGCUCGAGGUUUCAUUUUUGGUCCUCCCAUUGCCCUGGCAAUAGGAGCAAAGUUUGUACCACUGAGAAAACCAAAUAAGUUGCCCGGCAAAGUUAUAUCCCAAGAAUAUAUUCUGGAAUAUGGUAGCGAUUGUCUUGAAAUGCAUGUUGGAGCUGUUGAAGCUGAUGAACGUGCUAUUGUUGUUGAUGAUUUGAUUGCAACCGGUGGAACACUCUGUGCAGCUAUGGAUUUACUUGAACGUGUUGGAGCUGAGGUAGUGGAGUGUGCAUGUGUUAUUGAAUUGCCAGAACUAAAGGGUCGUGAGCGAUUAAAUGGGAAGCAAUUGUACGUGUUGGUGGAAUACUUUUGAUGAUAUAUGAGAUGAGGCUGAAGUGCAUGGACCCAUACAAAUCAAAUUUGUGGAUUUUGGAUAUGUCAUUUUGUGGACACAGUUUAGUCCCAUCCUAGCUAGCUUGUAGUAUGAACAAUCAAAUCAAAUUAAUUAAUUAAUCAAUUUGCCUUUCA